UUCAAAACAUCCACAAACCAAUGAGUGACGUCACGAUGACUACAUCCACUUCUUAUAAAGAUCUAUGAGAUGUCACCUACGUUUUAAUCUGUUAUUUGUUUGGUUUAUUAAACAUCAGAAAAAUGCACAAGAUGAUAUACUUAAAUGUCCAUUUUUGUCCAAAACUUAAAAUUGUUUAUUUUACAAUUUUAAAAGCAGCAAAUCCUCAUAUUUGAGUCGCUGGAAGCAGCAAAUGUUUGUCGCUUCUGCUUUAAAAAAUUUGUUAAAUAGUUAAUAAAUUAUCAAAAUAGUUGUCGAGCAGCUAACUGUUUUGAGCUGAAAGAAAAAUAAUUACUUGAAAGACGUUUAAACAAGACUCAAUGAAUGUGUGUGUGUGUGCUCUCAGGGACCAUCACCAUCCUCAUGUCCAAUGGAGGAGGCUUUUACGGACGCUCUGAGCGCGUCCGCCAGUCGCCUUACUACGACCAGGUGCCGCCCGGCUCGUUGCCCCGAACGGACUCCUACGAUCUGCUGAGCGAGCAGAGAGCGUCCCCCCUCGCCCAGAGCGCCGACCCGCUCCCUCCACCGCCCCUGCCGGACCAGCCUCCCGUGGGACCCGAGUUCGAUCCCGGUGGCAGCGAGGACGAGGUGAACCUGGACCACGACCCGGCCCUCGACAUCAAACCGGUCCACCGCUUCAUCCCGGACUCCUGGAAGGACUUGUUCAGAGCAAGCAACCGCAGCAGUAACCCGAAUAGUUCCAUGCCCGCCUCCUCAUGUAACAACAACAACAACAGUACCAGCGACGGGGUGCGCUGCUCUCCGCCGCACUCCCCCUCCGUUCCCGGAUCGUACCGAGAUCCGUAUGGCGGCUCGGGCGGCAGCUACAACUCGCGCAAGGAGCUCCUGGAGCUACGGGACGGCCACGAGUCCGUGUCGGGGCGCACCCACCACACGGGUCUGACCUACAGCGAGCGGGUGGAGGAGUACAAUCAGCGCUACGCCUACAUGAAGUCCUGGGCGGGGCUGCUGAGGAUUCUGGGAUGCGUGGAGCUCCUGCUGGGAGCUGCCGUGUUCGCCUGCGUCUGCGCUUACAUCCACAAAGACAACGAGUGGUUCAACAUGUUCGGGUACUCGUCUCCCGGAGGAGGGUACUCCGGAGGAGGGUACGGCGGCGUCACAGGCGGGUCCUACUACUCGGGGCCCAAGACGCCGUUUGUGUUGGUGGUGGCGGGGCUGGCCUGGUUGGUGACGGUGAUAGUGUUGGUGCUGGGGAUGACCAUGUACUACCGCACCAUCCUGCUGGACUCGUCCUGGUGGCCUCUGACAGAGUUCACCAUAAACCUGGCGCUGGCGGUGCUCUUCAUGGCAGCCGGCAUCGUCUACGUCCGAGACACGACCCGCGGAGGCCUCUGCUCCUACCCGGUCUUCAACAACGGCAUCAACGGGGCGUUCUGCAGGACGGAGGCCGGCCAGAUCGCCGCCAUCAUCUUCCUGUUCGUCAAUUUGGUCGUGUAUCUGAUCGGAGCCGCCGUCUGUCUCAAGCUGUGGAGACACGAAGCUGCACGCAGAUACCGGGAGAAGCACGGCCACGAGAUGUAUCCCUCCGACACGCGAGCUGCACAGUCAUUGAUGCCUCCGGUUUCCGCUCCACUACACAGAGCUCCAGUGCAGGUCGAAGGCUCCUCAGUGGUUCCCAUCAAAGCCGCUCCAAAAGCUGCUCCAGCUCACAUUCUACAGGGAGCGAUACCAUCAGGACACAUUCCAAAACCCGUUAUUGUUCCCGACUACAUCGGGAAGUACCCGACCGUCCGGUCCGACGAGGAGCGGGACCAGUACCGAGCCGUGUUCAACGACCAGUACGCAGAGUACAAGGAGCUCCACGCAGAGAUGCAGGCGAUGCUCAAGAAGUUCGAUGAGAUGGACGCCAUGAUGCGCAGUCUGCCUCAGCAUCCGACCAGCCGGAUGGAGGUUGAUCGCAUCAACAGAAUCCUUCAGGACUACCAGAGGAAGAAAAACGACCCGACUUUCCUGGAGAAGAAGGAGCGCUGCGAGUACCUGAAGAGCAAACUGUCGCACAUCAAACAGAAGAUCCAAGAGUACGACAAAGUGAUGGAGUGGAACGACGGCUUCAGCUGAACCUCCGAACACGAACACAGGACCACAGCUGAGCGGCAGCGGGGGGCAGGAAGGGCCAUUUAAACAGGAAGUCUUUUAACAUCUGUACCGUUAGAUGAGAGAAUCAACAUCACUCUCAUGACUAUACAGCUUCAUCCACUGGCCAGUUAGCUUAGCUUAGCACAAACACUGGAAGCGAAGGGAAACAGCUAGCCUUGCUCUGUUCAAGUCAGCCAACAAGCACCUCUGAAGUUCAAAGAUUUACUCGUUCUGUCCGCAUCAAGUGUAGAAAAAUCACAAUUAGCCUUUUUUAAAGUGGUGAUUUUUAAGAUUUCAAUUUGUAAGAAUCUGUCGCUGAAGGAGGUAACACAACGUAUUACAAUAUUAAUAUAUUUAAUGUGAUAUAAACUGGUUUUCUGUGGCGACAAUCCCAGAAAAUAUUCAGUUUUUGCCGUUUUUCUCCACAUUAUUCACACUAAACAUUUAACUCUGCACACAAUUCUGAACAGACACAUGUUAGAACUGAACUGACUCUAAGACACUAACACACACUCAGCACACUAACACUCUCAGCACACUAACACUCUCAGCACACGAA